AUGACGGAAGUCACCAAUCAAACCAUAGCACAAGGAAUAAAAAAGAGGCUUUCUCAAUACAAGGAAAACUGGGCUGAAGAACUCUACAGCGUUCUGUGGGCAUACAAGACAACUCCUAGGAAAGGAACGGGCGAGACACCUUUCAGACUCGCCUAUGGCACCGAAGCGGUAAUCCUAGUAGAAAUUGGCAUACCCAGCAUCAGGGUGAACUAUCUGGAAGAAGAAACCAAUGAGGCUAGAACAAGACUAUGUCUAGACCUACUAGAAGAAAGAAGAGAUGAAGCAGUGGUCCGAGCCGCUGCGUAUAAGAAACAAGCCGCAAGAUAUCAUAACAAAAGAAUAAAUUCGAGAGAAUUCCAAAAAGGCGAUCUAGUCCUACGGAACGCAGAAAUUGGCAGAGGGAACGCAGAAGUAAAGAAAUGCAAGCAAACUGGGAAGGCCCCUACAUCGUAG